GUCACAAUGGAGUUCAGUCACCGAAGAGAAGAGGACCAAGCAGACAGAAAGGCUGAACAUCCCCUGCCUCUGGCCCGGCUGCCAUGGCUCCCGCAACCUGCAGACUGAGAGAGGAGUGCCCAGAAUGCGCCAUCGCGGCCGGGGCGUGCUCUCUGGUGUCUUUUGCUGAAUGCCUGCAAUGUGACUCAAUGGGAAUGGGAAUGGGUCAGGACAAGCAAAGGCACAUCGUCUGUGCCUCCAAUAAGCUGGAGGCUGCAGAGAAGAAGUCCAAAGAGCACCUGGAUACCUUGAAGGAGCAGAAAAAGGAGCUACUGCUCGAGAGGAAAAGGCUGGAGGAUGAAGAGAAGGAGAAGGAAAUGCACAUUGGUCAGUUGAACAUCACCUUGGCAUCGGCCAAGAAGAUGAUGGAAAAAGCCCAGAGCAUGCUUGGCACGGCUGAGUGGCACCUGCACGAGGUGAGGGAGCAGCUGAAGAAGGUGAAGAAGAAGGAGAAGUGUGAGAAAGUCCAAAGGAACUUCAUCCUGGUGGUCUUGUUUGCUUACACUGUCAUUGUUUCCAUAGAAUACAUUCGAGAUGCCCUCAAACUGAGCCGGGAUAACCAGGUUGCCAUCUUGCUGAGUGUCCUGGCCGCGAGUUUUCAGGCAUCUCUGUACGCAACCCAGAAAGCGGUGCAGGAGCUGAAGGUAUCCAUCCGCCAAUUAGAAGACAAGGUCUCAGAAUUCAAACAGGAAGUUGAUGCCUUUGAGAAACAGAAGAAAGAAAUAAGAAAUGACCACAGAGACCAGCAGAGGAUCAGCGAAGAGAUGGACCGGGAAAGAGAGAAGUUUUCAGAAGUGAACAAGAAAGAGGAAGUGGUGAAAGAAUACCACAGCCUGCUGAGUUUGCUUGUUCAGAUGGUCAAUAGCAUCCAGAACGACUCCAACCACGACGAUAUCUGGGAUACUUUAAACGAGAUUUCGCAGUCCAUGAUGCAGCUGGGAAAGGAAGGAGCCAUGUACUUUGGGUGCUCUGCUGGAGAAGAAAAAACCAAGCAGGUGAGACGACUAAAAGGCAUUGUGGACAAGUUUUUGUAGGUGAUAAGCCAUAGGACCAGGACUUCAAACCCCAGGGAAAGCAACACAAACAUUUGAACAACAGCAUGAUUCCCAGAAGUCAACAUUGGAAGAAAAGGAUGAGGUGAAAGGCAAACAAUUUUAUCACAAAAGUAUUAGGCCAUGAUAUGGGGGUUCCUGGCCAGCCCCCACAGACCUGGGGCCUCUAGUUUGCCACUUCCUCAUCUGACCCUAGGGUAGUCCUAGGUGGUCAGAACCCAAUAUCUUGGCCUAGCUCCCUGCCCACUCCCUGCAACUGGUGUGGCCAGCCAGGAACAGCUUACACUUUCCCCCUUCCUAUAAAAACCCCUGAUCCAGAAGAGGAAGUGUUUGGGCAACAAGGUUCAAUCUUGUGUUCAGGCUGUCUCACUUUUGAGUUGUGCUUCGAGUGGUUCUUUGAUGGAUUCUCCAGAUACCCAACAUGGUAACCCCCAGACAAAAGAGGAUUCAUGGGGCACGUGCAGGGAUAGGGUGGGGAGUAAGGAUUAGGGAGACAUGGACACAGCACCUGACAUGCGUGGCUUCUCCUCUCAGUUCCCUCUCCUCCCCCCAUGACUCCUGUGCUGCCUGAUCCAAUAUCAUAUUAGGCCAUGAUAUUGAACCUGGGGGCUUUAGUCUGCCACUUCCUCGUCUGACCCCAGAAGGUGAGGUGAUCAGUGGCAGAAGGGUGAGUGAAGGCUGAUACAGCCCUGGUUGCCUUCUGGCUUCUUUGCUGGUCACCACUGUGGUGGCCCCAGCCCCUCAGUUGCUGUCCCGCAUACCCCAUGCUGAAGCUAUAGCUGCUGCUGCUGCAUGCCCCAGGCUGUAUUGGGUCUGCAAGGAGUCCCACAGUCUAGAUCCAGCCUGGGGUGCAAGAUGAGUGCAACACCUCUAGCUCAAAGGUGUUCAGGUUGCUCGGGUUGUUGCGGUCACGUUUCUAUUGCACAAGCUUCUGCACAUUUUCUCUCAAGCAACCAUGGCAGAUAUUCAGUCUUCACCUGUGUUAUGUUUCCAUGUUAUCCUGACAGCCUAGCUAAUAAACAGAUUUU